GGUGUGAUUCUUUUUUUUUUUAUGUAAUAUAUAGAAGCACGAGACCCUUAGGAUGAAAGAAAAAGGCUGCAGGGAUGGGUUUUCUGCACCGGUGAGCGACCCAGGCAGGAGGGGAGAGCCCAGGCUGCUCUUCCCACACCAAAAACCCUCUAGAUGAAGCCUGGACCGUGCUGGGAAGGUUUUUGCUGGUUUGGGGGAGCUCCGUCUGUAGCAGAAAGGCUCCGACGAGGCCUUGGUUACUAACCGGUUUGGUUUUCGUCUUCCCCCAGGUCCGCGCAGGAGAUGAAGCACAUGGAGAACAUAUCCAGCCUGUUACAGGGCAGCAGCCCGAGCGAGUAUCAACGGCCGGAUCCCAAAUCGGAACGGGAGGCUGUCGCUGCUCCCGGGGAGCAGCCCUGGGAGAUGAUCAUGGACAAGAAGCACUUUAAGCUCUGGCGGCGGCCGAUCGAGGGCACCCACUUAUACCAGUACCGAGUGUUUGGGUCGUACACAGAUGUGACUCCCAGGCAGUUCUUCAACGUACAGCUGGACACUGAAUAUAGGAAGAAGUGGGACUCGCUGGUCAUCAAAUUGGACGUAAUUGAGAGAGACCUGGCCACUGGGUCGGAAGUGAUUCACUGGGUCACUCAUUUCCCGUACCCUAUGUACUCCCGAGACUACGUAUACGUUCGACGGUACAGCGUAGACAAAGAGAACAACCUCAUGGUACUAGUCUCACGGGCAGUGGAGCAUCCAAGUGUCCCCGAAGACCCUGAGUACGUUCGGGUCAGAACCUAUGAAUCCCAAAUGGUCAUCCGUCCCCACAAAACCUUUGACGAGAACGGUUUCGACUACUUGCUGACCUACAGCGACAACCCGCAGACCGUGUUCCCCCGUUACUGCGUCAGCUGGAUGGUCUCAAGCGGCAUGCCGGAUUUCCUUGAGAAGCUGCACACGGCAGCCCUGAAAGCCAAAAAAAUGGAGAUCGAAGUGCGGGACUAUAUGUCUGCCAAGCCCAUCGAGAGCGGCGGCAGCGAGGGGAAGGCGAGUAUGGCAGCAGCGGAGCACAAGAGCGACGGUACCUGCAGCCCUGCCCAACUGGAAUACGCCUGAGGAGCUUGAAACUCCGCUCCUCCGGAACGGGGAGCCGGGCUCCGGAGAGGGACCUGUGCCGUGCCGCCGCUGGAGCUUAGCUCAGGUUUUUCCCUCCCCGUCUCGUCUCCAAAACUCUGCUCCCUCUCGAGGACGGGGAUCCCGUCCCCCCACGCCGUGUGUGUUUGUGGCCAGGCCGCUGAAAUCUCAUGUCGUCUAAUCAUUUUUCUGUAGCGGUAAAUAUUUUUUCCCCUCCCUGACAGGUAAAAAAAACCCAAAAACCCUAAAAAAACCGACCAAACCCAUCUUCUAUCGCGGCACGGACAGCCUCGCCCCGCUCCGCCCCUCCUUUUCUCAUCCCUCUUCGGACUCUCGACCCCGAAUCUCUUUGGGUCUCGCUUUUGUACCGCGGCGGCGGGGUGAGGACGCUCCGCGGCCCCGUCUCAGGGUGGGUUUUUUCCCCACCAAACGAUCCCUCAACCGCCUCACCCCACCAGUGUGUGUGUGGGGUGGUGUUACUGGGGUGGGCGGCUUGAACUGGUGAAACUGGGGGCAAAAAGUGCUAUUUUGGGGUGGGUUUUAGCUGCUGGUUUGCUGUAGGGGAGGGCAGAGAUUGUGGGAUGGGGGGGCACCUUUGUGCCGGUGCUAACCCCGGUCACCGUAACCCCCUCACCGGUGCCGUUCGUGGUGGUACCGGGGCUGAUCCCGCCGGAUUGCGGCACGAGGAGGGGGUCAGAGUCGGCCCUCGGGGUCGGGGAAAGGUGUGGGAGCAGCAAAAUAGAAAUAAAUCAGCUAUCGUAGCCACAGCCGUGGUGGCGGGUGCCCGCGUGCCCCCCCCCGGGGAUCCUAAUUAGCUUCUCCCGUUAACGAACCCCUCUGGGGUCUGACGGAUGAGUCCUUGUCACCAGGUUGGGGGUUUGUCCCCUGCAGCAGCGUUAACUGGGAUCCCCCCCCCCGCACCCCCUUUAAUCCCCGCUUGAGA